AUGAAGUUCUGACAGAAAAAAAAUGAUUCAUUUCCCAUGUCAGCUUCGCUCAUCAAUCGAGAAAACGGCCUCAGUAUUUCCUGCUCGCUCUCUGUCUCGGUUUUACUACAAAGAAGAAUCGGUCAAUCAAGAACUGUCAAUUGCAGAGAGAUUUGUUUCUUACUUAGACUACUGCCCGCAUAUUAGUUCUCUCAGGAAGCUUCAUGCUCGUAUUUUUACUCUCGGGCUUGGAAACAGCAUUUUCCUGGGAUCCAAGCUUCUCAACUGCUAUGCUAGUUUUGAUUGUUUGACUGAAUCAAGAUGGGUUUUUGAUAGAAUUAUCAACAGAAACCUGUCUCUCUGGAAUUCAAUCCUUGUUGGGUAUUUCAGAACCGAUCACUUUGAUGAAGUUCUGAGACUCUAUUUGAAAUUGAAGCGGCAGAACAUUGGUCUUGAUAGUUCAGCACUUACGUUUAGUUUGAAAACCUGUACAGAACUCCGUACCAUAGAGGUUGGAAGAGGGAUCCAUGUGGAUGCUUUCAAGUUCGGGUUAAGCAGGGACCGGUUUGUUGGUUCUUCACUAAUUGGUUUGUAUUUCAAAUAUGGAGAUAUUAAGGAUGCAAGGGCAGUAUUCGAGGAAAUAUCUGAGAGGGAUGUUGUUGUUUAUACAGCAAUGAUCACUGGGUAUGCACAGAUUGCCGAUUGCCGAGCUUAUGAGGCUUUCCGAAUUUUUUGUGAUAUGCAGGAGGAAGGAUUAACUCCUAACAGGGUGACUCUAGUGAGCUUACUCCAGGCAGCUGCCCAGUUAGGAGCAUUGGAAGAGGGUCGUUCAGUACAUGGGCAUGCCAUUAGAAGAGGAAUUGAUUCUACCGAUGAAGUUAUGGAGACAAGUUUUGUGGGCAUGUACAUCAAAUGUGGUGCCCCUGACAUGGCAACAUCCAUAUUUUACAGAAUGAAAGAAAGAACCAUUGCUUCUUGGAAUGCACUGAUCAGUGGCCAUGUUCAAAUGGGGCAACCCUUGGAAGCUUUGAACCUUCUAUGUCUCAUGGUGCAAGAGAAUCUGACACCAGAUUUAAUCACCUUGGCGAAUGGGCUAUUGAGUUGUGCUGAUUUGAAGUGUCUGCAUAAAGGCAAGAGCAUCCAUUGUUACAUAAUUCGAAGAGGAAUACAUCUGGAUCUAGUUUCUACCACUGCUCUGGUUGAUAUGUACUCUAGAUGCAACAGUAUAAAUCAAGCAAGGGAACUGUUUGAUAACACAGAGACGAUGGAUGUUAUAUUGUUUAAUGUGAUGAUUGCAGGAUACCUCCAAAGUGGCUCUGCCUAUAAGGCCAUAGAGACAUUCCGUGAGAUGGUUAAAGCAGGUAUCAGACUGAACUUGGCAACCAUUCUCAGUAUUCUCUCUGCAUCUGCUGAUCUGACAUAUAUCAGAAAAGGCAGCUCUAUCCAUGGUUACAUUCUGAGACAUGGAUUGCAACAGAACAUUGAAACCAAUAAUCAGAUCCUGUAUAUGUAUGCAAAAUGUGGACGCAUUGACAUUGCAAGGCAAGUCUUCAGCAGGAUGAAAGAUAGAGACUUAGUAUCAUGGACAUCAAUGAUGACGAGUUGUGUACAUCAUGGGCAUGCUGGUGAAGCCAUAUCAAUAUUGCGUCUGAUGCAAGUAGAAAAAUUGAAUCCUGAUUCAGUAACUCUACUAAGCCUCCUUCAGGCUUUUUCGCAGCUUGGUAGUUUAAAACUAGUAAAGGAAGUUCAUGGCUAUGCGUAUAGGGGUCACUUGGACAGAGAUCGUACCAUCAUCAAUUCACUGGUGACAACAUAUGCAAAAUGUGGAAGGUUAGACAUGGCUAAAUAUCUUUUUGAGAGCAGAAGUGAACGCUGUGUAACCUUGUGGAACACAAUGAUUGCUGCGUAUGGAAUGCAUGGGAACUGUGAACAGGCACUUGAGCUUUUUGAUCAAAUGCAAAAGGGAAAGGUUGUGCCAGAUGAGGUAACAUUCACUUCAAUUCUCUCUGGUUGUAGCCAUGCAGGGCUGGUGGAAGAGGGUCGGCAUGUCUUCUAUUCUAUGACAUCAGAGUACUUAAUAACUCCACGUGAAGAACACUAUGGUUGCAUGGUUGACUUGUUGGGUCGAGCAGGUCAUCUGGAAGAAGCUUAUGAUCUUGUGAAGUGUCUGCCAUCAAGGAAAAGUGCUUCGGCAUUGAGUGCUUUACUUGCUGCUUGCAGAGUUCAUAGAAAUUUAGAGAUGGGAGAGGCUAUUGGAAAACAACUAAUGAAUUUAGAACCUGAGAAUUCAGGUACUCACACUUUGCUCUCAAACAUAUAUGCCGAAGCUGGCCAAUGGGAUGAAGUUGUUAGAAUUAGAGCCAUUGUCAAGGAGAGAGGGUUGAGAAAGAUGGCUGGGUAUAGUCUGAUAGAGUUAGAUGAGCACAUGCGUGGAAUAUGAAUCUUUUUUGUAACACUAGAUUGGCCAUCAGGACUAGAAUCCAAUUGUUUAUUCUUCGAAUUGGAUUCAAUGAUUCUGAUC